CUGAGCUAGAACUUUCCAUGGGUUUCUCAAGCCUACACUCUUCUUCUAUUUUUCCUAAUUCUUCCCUUAUAUCUUCAUCUUCUUCAGCAAAAUCAUCAGGUUCAUAUCCAAUAUCCAAAUUCUCAUCCCAAAAGUCCAAAUCUUCUUCUGUUAGCCCUGCAUUUUCUUCUUCAUUGUUUCCCAAUGUGUCCAUGGUUCUACGCAACCGAAAGAUUAGCUCAAACACAAGUUGCUGACAUGUUCUUUUCCUCACACAUGUUUAUGUUUUUAAUUUUCUUGAUUUUCCAUUCAAUUUCCCUCAUCAAUUAGGUAACACUUCACCCUCUUGCUGAAUCAGAUUCACCCUGUGAAAACUCUAGGGUUGUACGUAUAUCUUUGUCUUUCAAGGUGCAAAGUCUCAAUCCUUUUUGUGAAAUUUUCAAAGUACAAAUCAGUGUUUGCAUGACCCUGCUCUGUUUUUUCUUCCUCUGUUUUGCUUCAAAAGGAAUGAAGUUGAAUAUGGAGUCAGUUCCAAAGUGCCUUCAAGAUGUUUGCGUAAAUUACCCACUUGGUUUUUAGUGAGUAUGGGUUCUCAUAAAGGGUUUUUCCAUAGAAAGAUGGAGUUUUUUUCUGGGUAUUUUGAGGUGUUUUUUUCUAAGCUUGUACAAACUCUGUUCUGGGUUUUCACCAAAGUGUUCAUGAGAUUCUAUAGCCCUGAAGCAAUGAACUCUGUUUGUUCUUCUAAAUUUUCCCAUGAAAAUCACCUAAUUGAGUCAAAUCAUUCUGAGCCAAAAACUGAGGAUGAAGCUGGAUUUUCUGAUUCUUCUAGAGAUACCUUUUUGGAGUCUGAAAAUUCUGGGGCAUUUUCUGAUGCUCUAUCACAUGAAAGUAAUGAAAUUGAGUCUAAUGGGUGCCAGCCAAUGGCAGAAGCCAUGAAAGAUUGUUAGUUCUGAAACUGCUGUUGAUGGUAGUGAGAAUCCUGGCCUUGAAGAAGAGGAGACAAGUAAGCUGGUUUUCAAGUUCCAAUACAGAGUUGGAAUUGCAACUUCAAUGAAGAACUCAAGGGAGAUUAUCAUGAAAGUAGUGAUUUUGUUGAGAGGGAUACUGUUUUUGCAAGUGCCAACAAGUAUGAAUUUUUGUCUGGCAAGAGUUCUAGCCACUUCUUGGAAGAACCUGAGACUGCAAAUUUGACUGUUGAAGAGUUUCAUGUUCAUUCAAAUGAUGAGUUUCCAUUGGAGAAUCAGGUUACCAAUGAUUCUGAGAGAAAACUCAUGCCAGAAAAUUGUGAAGGGGUUGUUGAUGCAGAAAAUCAUGUCAAUGUCACAGAAAGUGUACACAAAGAGGAGGUGUCAUUAGAGAAGCUCAAGACUGUGUUAUCUGUAGAACAACAAUCUUUGCAACCUGUUACGCGUAAUUUUCUUUCAGAAGAUGAUUUUAUUUGUUCAAGUUCUGAUUCAGAUUCUGUCACUUCUAUGGAUGAUGGGUUUUUAUCAGACACAGACUUUGGAACCACUACUGAGAUUGACACAUUGGGAAACAAUGAAGAAGAAAAUGCAGGACUAACAGAAGAAGAUUUGGACUUUUGGGAUGAGAAUUUGGAUAUUGGAUAUGAACCUGAUGAUUUUGCUGAAGAAGAUGAAGAUAUAAUGGAAGAAUUAGGAAAAAUAGAAGAAGAGUGUAGGCUUGAGAAACCCAUGGGAAGUUCUAGCUCAGGGAUGAUUUCAGGGACUAAUUUGAAGUGUUUAACAUCAAGUAAAUGGUUAACGGACGUUUAGGGAUUUUAACGUCAGGGACUACUAUGACUAUUUUUUGCCACUUAUGGGGACCGCGAGCCUAAUUAAAUUCAUCCAGGGACUAUUCUGAAGUCGGUGUGAACUUCCAGGGACCAAUGUGACCAUUUACCCAAUUUGCAUCAGUUUCAUCUUCUCCAUAUGCAUCAUCAUCUCCUUCUCCUUCAUCAUCAUCUCCAUCUUUCUUCUUCAUCGUCAUUAAAUCUUGAAAUCCCAUCGUUCUGGUAGCCAUCUAAAUUCAAAUCAUAUUCUCCAACCCAAAAACCCCAAACCCAUAAACACCAUAGCCACCUCUGUCAAUCAGCGUAUGAAUAAGAUUUAAACCGUUUGCAAACUUGUCCUCUAGCUCCAUUGAUGAUUGGACUUGGUAUCAUUUACAUUAAAGAAACAUGAUCAUCGUAUCAUCGUGUCUGGAAACUAGAUUGUUGACAUUAUUUGAAUUAGCAACAUCCCUAACCCCUAACCCAAACACCAUAGCCACCUAAAUUCAAAUAGGCAUUAGGGGUUAAAGUUCGAUGAUUUAACAAAAUUUAUGGGCGAAUUGUUCUCCAAUUAAGUUCGAUCAAAUUUCUGGGCAAUUUAUGGGUGUUUGUUCAAAUUGGGGGUUAAGAUUCAUCUAAAUUCAAAUCAUCUUCACAUACGUUGCUGCUGGGUUUAAUGUUUCCUUUCUGUUACUUUGGGAAGAAGAAAUAGUAAUUAGUUCAGAGAGAGAGAGAGAGAGAUUAGUUAUGUGAUUUGGGAGCUUUUUGGGUUUUUGGGUUUCAUGAUAGAGAAAAUGAUGAAUAUGGUGGAAGAAGAAGAUGUGGAAUUUCCUGGGUUUCUUCAUCUUUUUUUAUUUUUUCAAUUAUUUUUUAAAAUUACA